GAGUCGACUUUUUGUCGGCUGCUAUUGUUACGAAUAUAAACAAGCAUUUUCUUCAAAAAUAUAGUUGAUAUUUUUCAGUUUAAGUGCAGAACAACUAGGUUUAUAUGCUAAAAUGUAUAGCAGAGAGUUGUAAAUUACUUUUAAACAACAUAAUUUGCUAAAAAAGGUAUAACCCCACCCUUACAUAUCAGAACUCAUAACAGUGAAAAGUGUCAAAUUUUCCAAAUAUGAGGCAUAAUGAGUUGGUUCGAUGCCUCGGGUUUCGCCAACCUGGCAAAGUCUGCACUUAAAGAAGCUCAAAAAACAAUAGACAAAGCCCUGGACAUUAAAGAUGAGGAGCAAAAAGCGUCACAAACUCCUCCGCCUGAAAUGACAGACUUUUUUGAGACCUGGGGAUUGAAAAGUGAGGAGCAAACUGAGCAAACUGAACAAAGUUCGGAGCAACAAAAGCAGCAGAGCAGUAUGUGGGGAAGCUUCACUGGAUCAUUCUUUGAAAAUUCGAGAAUUGAUAAUCUAGCUUUAACAAAGCCAAUAAAACAGUCGAAAUCUCUUCAAGAAUCAUUUGAUUGUCUAACAUCAUCAACUUCAGUCUCUAAUAGUCUAGCUGAAGAGUCUUUUAGCGAAUCACGGUUACCAACAAAAUUAAAUCCAACAUCCGCAAAUGAAGAAAUUCAAGCAACAAACAAUAAGAAGGAUCUUGAGAAACCUUCACCUUCCCCAAGUGAUCCCAAUUCUGACGGUGAGAAGAAAAAUACCGAUAUUAAGAAAUCCGAUGUGAAUCACGCUUUAAAGAGAAUAUCAAUUAUUUCCUGCGAAAGUGAUAAGAAGAGUUCUGACAGUGUUGAAAUUCUUGGGUCACAGCCGAAUACGGAUUGCACGACAACUCCUGAAUCUGAAUUAAAUUCUGUGAGUCAAUCUUUAAGUCUGUCAUUGCCAGACCCAAGGGUGACUUCUGAAUCGGUUGAAAUUUUACCCGACAGUUUAGUAACGUCUCCGAGCUCAGUAGAAGUUUUAGGCGACAGUAGUCCAUUUUUGUCACCAGCAGAACAGAGACAAUUCAAGUCGUCAUCUAGUGCAAUUGACAGUUUACAAGAUGGUUCAGACAUUUCACCCUACGAAUCACCAAUGGAGGAAGCGAAAACAUCAAUUUUUCAAUGUAAAAUCGAUUCUUCAGUGCAAAAGGUUCAACCUGCUCCCGACGUCGACGAGUCCGACGAAGUGAGUCUCGCCGAAGAUUCCUAUACCUCCGCCUCUGAAACAACAGUCAUGACCAUUCUCAACAUUAGUUUGGAUUCAUUAAAGGAGAAACAUAAUUUACAUCUACCGCUGGAGCCGAUAACCACUCAACCAAUAAGAAAACAAGAAUAUCUCGAGUCGGUGAAAAGUUCAACGAUCGAACCGUCAGAACCAGAAGUUUAUGAGGAAACAAUUCAGGGUUCAAAAACAGAAAGUGCCGAAGUGCCGGAUCAAUAUCUGAUGUUGACUGAUUCAAGUUGCGAAGGUACUUUAAUUGAGAGCAGCUCGGAGGAUAAUGCCACAUUAAUCGGAAAUGCGGAGACAAAAGUUGCCGAAGCGCCAUUGACAUCCAGUUCGUAUGUUAAAUCCAUGUUGGCCGACGCGAUGUACGAAAAGAGUGACACUAGUGACACUGAAAGACAUUGUGUCGAUGUACCCAGGGAAAAUUCGCCAAUUUCUUCUGAAAGUCGUUCAGACUUGGUGAAAAUCGGCUCGGACCAAACUAGCGGACACACAUCCGGUGAUGAGUUGGAAACUACAACUUCCAGCGACAUUGAAAUAAUAUCCAGUCCAAAUGGCGAUUCGAGUUCCACUCAAUCACGACAAAGUCCAGCUAAACUGCAUCUGAACAAGAGUAGUGAUUUAUUAACGAAGGCUUUAAAAACAAGGGGCCAUUCGCGGGAACUCAGUGAAAUAAGCAUUUGUUCUGAUGAAACAAAUUUAGAAAUAGAAAAAUUAUUAAAACGCAUUCAGGAAAUGACAGAAAUUCUAGAAGCUCGUGAAUCAAAACUUAUUGACGUCAGUAGAAUGAAUAUGGAAUUACACGAUCAAAAUAAUAGUCUCAAAAAACAAUUAGACAACGUUGAAAAACACGUGGAACAAAAUCAAGAUUUAUCGCAAUUAACGGACGAAUAUACACAGCGACUUUCGGCAUUAGAGAGAAAAUUUCAACAGGCAAUUCGAGAUCGUGAUUUACUUAGAAAACAUCUGGAGCAAUUGAAACAAGAGACAGCAACUCGAUUGUCGUCUAUGGAAAUGUCGACGAUCAACGCCGAGAAAGAUGAAGUCAUCAAGGAAUUACGUGAAGAGGGAGAAAAACUCAGUAAACAACAAUUGCAGCACAGCAAUAUUAUUAAAAAAUUACGUGCUAAAGAAAAGGAGAACGAGUCAACUUUAAAGAAUCAAAAGGAACAACUCGAAGAACAGGGUUUGGAAUUAGACAGACUGAAGCGGUCGCUUCACGCGAAAGAGGAAGUCGAAAGAAGCCAAAUUGAAGCUGUACAUUCAUUAACAGCGAAAAACAAAAAACAGGAAAAGGAGGUUUUGAGUUUGCAGGAAAAAUUAGAUCACUCAUUGAAUAAAAUGGAUGUUUAUAAAAAAAGUCUCGAUGCUGCGAAAACGGAGCUUUUGGAUACAAAGCAAAAACUAACAUCUUCAGAAGAUGAAUUAAAACAGGCCAUGGACACUGCUGGUGAUUCUUGCCAACUCUCAGCCCAAGUUGAAGAUUUAAGAGUAAAACUGCGCCAAACGGAAGAAGUGUACAUUAAAAAGGAGGAAAAUUUAAAGCAAGAAAACUUGGAAUUAUUAAGGCGUUUGGAGAUGUCAGAAACUAGAAGUGAAGAGAUUUCGGAAUCAGUUUCUUCAGCUACCAAACCAUUAUUAAGGCAAUUGGAACAAUUACAGGCGAAUCUUUUACAAAAAACGAAUACUUUCAUGAAACAGGAGAAAAUUAUGUCGGAAAAAAUAAUUGAAUUACAGACUAAAUUGGAGAAUUUGACUGAAACUGAUCAAUCAUUAAAAGAAGAUAAUUUAACAUUGAAAUCACGGGUUUCUUCUCUAGAAACAAAAUUACAUUCCAAGGAACAAGAUCGCUUGAAAUUUCAAGACUUAACGAAUGAAUUGAAGACAAAAAAUGAAAAUAUCGUUGAAGAAAAUAUUAAACAUCAAGAAACAAUAAGAAUGAUGGAGCAGACACAUUUGAAUCAAGUGAAAGAAUUAAAGCGAGAAAUUAAUUCAUUGGAAAAUAAAUUGUCAAUGGAAAAAGCAGCAACUGAUGCGGAGAAAAGAAAAAGUCACACAAUUAUUGAGCAACAACAAAGUGUCGAAGAGGAAUAUAGACUGAGUCCAACGUUGAGUAUUGAAAGGGAUUCAAUGAGCAGUGUCAAUAGUAUUUGGCCAGUGUUUAAUGAUCCAAUGUUUGACAGUAGUUCAGGGAGAUUUCCAAAUGUUUACGAAAGUCUUCGAGCAGGCUCGAGCAGUACGUCAGUUUUUGAAAAUUUGCAAUCGCAAUUGAAGCAACGAGAUGGUGAGAUACAACAAUUGCAGUGGGAACUAUCGCGAAGAAAUGCAGAGAGAGAUACAUUAAAUAUAGAGUUGUCUUCAUUAUCAUUAAAAGUAGAGGAAUUAAAUUCAAAAUUCAUUCAAGUUGAGGCAUUAAAUGAAAAUUUAAAUGAUGUACAAACCAAAUAUGACGCUCUUUUACAAAUGUUCGGUGAAAAAAUGGAGGAAAAUGAAGAACUUCGAUUGGAUUUAGAAGACGUCAAAGAAAUGUACAAAACACAAAUUGAUCAACUUCUCAAAAGAGAUAUCUAAAAUAAGAAAGGUAACAAUUUUAUCUCUUGACUGAAAUUCUCCUUAUAUCAAUUAUUAGAAGUGACUAAAAAUCAAAACAAUUUUUUCAAAUUAUAUUUUUCAUUUCAAGAUUUCUGAGACGUUUAAUUCAUUGUAAUUGUUUUCAAUUAUAAUUCAUAAAUAAUAUAUCUGAUUAAAUUAAACAUAAUAACAUUUUUAAUAUUAAUUUAACGUUUUUAAUUAAUAGGUAAUAAUGCUUUCAAUUAAUAUUUAACAAUCAAGUUUUCUUUAAAAAUCUCAAAUUUAUUUUAAAAAAUAGACAAGUUCUUUAAAUUUAUUACGUUCCGGAAAUCUCAAAAUCCGUCAGUCUCUUAAAGAAAACUAGAUAAUUUUGUAAAUAGUAAAUAUUCAGCAUAUAUCUUCUUGGGUGCGUGUAAUAUUUAAAAAAAAAGUAUUAAUAUGUAGUUAAAAAAUGUAUGUAAAAAUUUAUACUGUUUGCAUAUAUUCAAAUUUGUAGAUAUGCUUUUAUAAGUGCAGUUACUCUUUAUCAAUAUUCUAAGUAAAAAUUACAGUAACAUAAAUUUUUAUUGAGAAGAUGAAUAUUUAAACUAGCUGUAAUUAUAUUUAAAAGAAAAUUAUCUACAAACUCAUAUUCCAAAAUAGAAGUAAGUCUUUUAAAUAUUUGGAAUUUAUUGUUAAUUUCUAACUUGAAUUUUUACAAUUAUUUUUCGUCUUUGCUUUUAAAAUUUUAUUUUAGAAGAAAAGGUCCAUGAAUUAUAUAAUAAAAUGUUUUGUAUAGAAUAUUAAUCAAAGUUAUUGUAUAUAUUAAAUUUUUUAAUUUUCAUGUAAAUUAGAAAGAAAUAAUAUUUAAAUUUUAAAUUUUUACAAGUAUAUUUACUUAAAAAUUAUUGGUUCCUAAUUCGUCAAACGAUGUAGUUAAUAAUUAUUGUAAUUUUAAGAAAAUUGUUGUUUAUUUCAAGACUGUAAAAAAAUAACGAAAAAGUGGAAAAAAAUACUUGAGAGAAACUAAAAGAAUGAAUUUUAUUAAUAAAGAAAAAAUGGUUUAUAAACUUUAUAACGAUGUAAGGGAAUAUCUUGUGAUAAUGAUUGUACUAUAAAUGGAAAAAAAACUUUGGAAAUAUGGUUAAUAAAUUUAUUUCGAAUCAA